CCAGGGAGCAUCUAGAGGUCUUCCAUAGUAGCUUAAUGACAGCAAUCGUAGUUAGUGAUUAGACGAUGAGUGAAUAUAUCCGAGGGGAAUAUACCCUAGUGAAUAAUGUCAGAUCUUCACCAAAAAAUUACUAAACGUGUAGUGCACCUGUUGUGUUAAAAAAAAGUUGAUUGUAUGACUAUUGAAGAAAGGAGAACCAGUCCAAAGUGCAUUUGAAUUUGGAAUCUACGCACGUAGCUUAAUUUCGAUACAUUUAGCAUGAAACAAUCGAUGAACUUGAUUUGUUUUUGUUACUGCUGUUAUCUCCUGACCUCUACUCUAUCUGGAACCUUCGCGCAACGUAGCGGGUGUAGCUCUUUGGAAUGGCGAUGCAAAAAUGGAAGAUGUAUUCCAUCUGAUGAAAAAUGUGACGGAGUUGUAAACUGUGGAGAUCAAAGCGAUGAAAGUGUUGAAUUUUGUCUAGAAACCUAUUGUCCAGACUAUGCGUUCAAAUGUGCUUACGGAGCUUGCGUAUCUGGCAAGGCAAAAUGCAAUGGAGUAAAAGAUUGUAUUGAUAAUUCUGACGAAUCUGAAGUGCUUUGUGGUACUAAGAGUGGCGGCUUAAGCGGGAAUUGUUCCAAUGAAAAUUUCUUCCAAUGCGAUUCCGGAGACUGUAUAUCGUCAGAUGAACUUUGUGACGGUCGAAAAAAUUGUCCAGAUGCAUCUGAUGAGACUCUGAAAAUAUGCGCAACUGUCGAUUGUCCGUCAUUUUCUUUCAAGUGCGGAUACGGAGCCUGCGUUAGUGGAAGUGCCAAAUGCAAUGGGAUCAAGGAAUGCCACGAUGGAUCUGAUGAGGCGAAGGAAAUAUGUGAGGAUAGAAUUGAUAUAAAUCCCAGACUACCAUUACCUUCGGAUACAACAACAUCAACAACAACAAGGGCGCCAUCGGUAAGAGACAGAAAUUCGUGUGAAGUGACAGUUGGACCGAAUAUGAUCAUCUCACCCGAUUACGAUCCAUCACUUAGCCUUCAAAAUGGAGAUUUUGCAAAUGACCUAUCCAGCAUAACAUACAAAUGCAAAACUGGUUACACUCUAUUCGGUGCGGAUAGCAAUUUAUGCUGGAGAGGCUCAUGGACAUAUGCUCCCCCAGAAUGCUCAAAAACAUGCCAGAAUGGCGCAAUCCAAGGCAUUACAUUCGACGUUCAUUGUUCAUUUAAUAGGACCACAGUUCCUUGUAAUGGUCCGAUUCGUUCUGGCACCAUAGCCACUGUUACAUGUGCAAUAGGGUACAAAAAACCUGACCGAACAGUGUUCGACACUCUUGUCUGUGGUACCCACGGAGAAUGGGAUUACCAUCCACACAGUUGUGUGCCGAUAUGUGGCCAAGAGGUAGUAGAGGUGAAACCUUUUGCUAGCAAUGCAGAUCCUGUGGACAUUACUAAAGUCCCAUGGCACGCAGCUAUAUAUCAACGAGGGAAUGACGGCAUCAAGCAUAUUUGUGGCGGUACCAUAAUAAGUGCCAAAUUAGUAAUUUCAGCCGCUCACUGUUUCUGGUCAAAAAGGGUUGAUCCGACGAAAUACCUAGUUAUGGUAGGGAAAAUUUAUAGAGAUUAUUAUGCCAGGGAGAAGUUAGAGACGCAAGAGUUUAACAUUUCAGAAAUUCAUAUACCAAUUGGGUACCUUGGAGAAAAUGCGUUCUAUCAUAAUGAUAUUGCAGUUUUGGUCCUAAACAAAUUCAUAAGAUAUCAAUCUCACAUCAAGCCAGCUUGCCUUGAAUGGCAGAACUAUGCACAAAAGGAUCUUAGACCCGAGACGAGUGGCAAAAUUGCAGGCUGGGGUCGAGUUUCAGCCAAUGGUACCUUCAGUGACGAUCUAAGAGCUAUCACUUUGCCAGUGAUAGAUAGAACGGAAUGCAUUAAAAAAGUAUCGACCAAAUAUGAAUCAUUCAUAAACGGUGAGAAGUUCUGUGUCGGUUCUCCUGAUGGCGAUGGAGCUCCGUGCCAAGGUGAUAGUGGCGGUGGGUUUUUGGUGCCAAAGGAUAUUCAAGGUAUUCCAACUUAUUUCCUCUGGGGCCUUGUCAGUACUAGCUUGAGUAAAGAGAACUGUGGUACAGAAUACUAUGUAGCAUUUACAAAUAUACAGUAUCAUGAACUUAUGAUAAGAGAAUUUGAAGCAAGGUUCAGGCCUAACUUUCCUAUUCUUACGUUUCUAGCCACCACCCAAAUAGAUGCGACAUCAUCAUACCUCAGAAAUCAAUGUGACAAUGGCCAAAUUAUUUCUGCUGAUGAAUUUUGCGAUGGAGACCUAGAUUGCCCUGAUGGAUCAGACGAAACUUUUGAGAGGUGCCAGUACACCGUAUGUCCCCCGUUUGCCUUUCAAUGUGCUUAUGGAGCUUGUGUGAGAGCAAGUGCUCUAUGCGAUAACAAGAAAGAUUGUAAUGACAAUUCAGAUGAAACAGCAACACGAUGCCGAGGAGCUACAAGAAGCUAUGAAGCUAGCGUCAUCAUCAAAGCAGAUAGGACAUUAGCAAGUUUCACACAUCAAUGUAACAACGGUCAAUUAAUUGCUGCAGAAAAGUUUUGUGACGGCAGUGUAGAUUGUCGAGAUGGAUCAGAUGAAACGAUUGAAAGAUGUCUUCAUACGAGAUGUCCAGCAUUUGCCUUUCAAUGUGCCUAUGGAGCUUGUAUCAAUGGCAAUGCUGAAUGUGAUCAUAAAUAUGAUUGCAACGACAAUUCAGACGAAACCACAAUACGAUGUCAAGGUAUCCUUGAAAGCUAUGGAAUCAGUGGUAACUGCUCAGAAAAUGAAUUCCAAUGCGGCUCAGGUGAAUGUAUUCAGGGACAUAAUGCUUGCGAUGGGAGACAACAUUGUCGAGAUUCUUCUGAUGAAACAGUAGAGCUUUGUGUGUCAUUUUAUUGUCCUGCAUUUGCGUUUCGAUGUGGUUAUGGAGGUUGUGUAAGGGGUAAUGCUGUAUGUGAUGGUGUUGUUGAUUGUCUGGACGGAUCAGAUGAAAUUUGUGGAAAAAGGCCCACUACUACUACUACAACAACUACUACUACCACGGAAUCAACUCCAAUAUACAUAACAAGGAGACCGACAACUACAUCAACCACAAAAAGCAGCAUAAGACGAAGGAAGUCAUGUAUCAUUGGUAACAUUCCCCACGUGAAGUUUUUCAAUCAGAAUAUGCUUGGAGAGCCAGAAAUUUACGCGGGCAGUACUGUUCGCGAAUAUACAAACAUUAGAUAUAUUUGUGAAGACAACUACAUGCUUGCUGGGUCCACAACAAACAUGUGCUUUAAGGGAUCAUGGAUUAAUCAAUUACCAAGAUGUACAAGUAAUGUUGGCACUUUCGAUGAACAGGGACCAAGUACUGAUUUGAAAAAUACCACAGAAUAUUGCUCCUACAUACCGCUCUUUGGGGUAACUUUUUCUGCAAGAUGCGAAUACAAUCAAGAGGAAAUCCCCUGCAACCAAUCCUUAAAGUCUGGCACUCUGGCAGAAUUAAGCUGUAGACCUGGAUACCAGAAGCCUAAUAGACGUGUUCCCAGUAGGAUUGUUUGUGAUGAGCACGGGGACUGGGAUUACAGUCCUUACCGUUGUGAAGCAAUCUGUGGCAGAGAUUUAGCGGAGGAAGUCGGAGAAGAGAAUACGGUUCAGCCAUGGAACGCUGCUAUUUAUCGUUUCUAUGAGCAAAUUUGUGGAGGAACCAUAAUCAGUGCCAAAAUUGUGUUGUCUGCGGCACAUUGCUUCUGGGACGAACGGAAGAAGCGGAGAAUUAAUAUAGAAAACUUCGAAGUGGGAGUAGGAAAACUUUUUAGGAGCUAUGACGCACAGGAGCCCAAUCCAGUGCAUUUCUUCACUUUGUCAGAAGCGUACAUUUCUCCCGAGUACAAAGGACGCGAACUCUUCUACCAAUUCGAUAUUGCUAUUUUAGUCCUCAAUAAUUCCAUCGUAUUCACUGAUAAAAUCGCACCAAUUUGUAUUGAAUGGUUGAGUGUCAGCGAAAGAGCUAAGCGGGAGCAAUUAUCCGGGACAGUCGGCGGUUUUGGAAAGCUUGGAAAUAAGGCUAAUCGUUCACACCAACUUCGUACUCUCGAACUCAAUAUGGUGGAUUAUGAAAGAUGCGUUGCAAAAACACCACCUGAAUAUCGAAAUCUAAUAACGAACGAUAAGUUUUGCGUAGAUAAUCAGAACGGAGAGUCUCUCUGCGACGGAGAUAGUGGAUCUGGAUUUAUUACAUCGAAAAUCAUCGAUGGGAAGAAAAGAUAUUUCCUUGCGGGUAUUAUAAGCAAUGGGUUGUCUAAUCAAACUACAUGUGAAGGAAACUUUUGCACGGCAUGUACUGAUAUUCAAUCUCAUGCAAAUACUAUCGUUGAAUACGACCUGAAAUUCCGGCCGAAAUAGAAAUAAAUUUGAAUUUAUA